GUUUAUCGUGUCCGCGCAUAUCCCCUUCCCUCGCGACUAGACCAGCAGCCCGUUGUGUCCGGCUUCGUACGACUCGAAAAAGUGCCAUGACAGAUCCAGAGAGAGCAGAGGGCAGCGAUAUGGAGUCCGUGGAGGAUGAUGACGAGAGAUUUGCUAAUCGUAUAAUGAAUCAGCCUGGACUCCUGGCAGCUCUGCAAAAUCGAUUCAACGCUGGUGCUGCUAUGGAGAAUCUUCCUGCUCCAGUCAAACGCAGGAUCAAGGCUCUCAAGCAGCUGCAGUUGCUGUCCGUUAAUCUCGAGGCUAAAUUCUACGAGGAGGUGCAUGCGCUGGAGUGCAAGUACCACAAGAUGUCGUCCAAUCUUUAUGAGAAGAGGAGUGGAAUUGUGGCGGGACUUUACGAGCCGACUGAUGAGGAGUGCGUGUGGGAGAGUGAUGAGGAGGAAGAGGAGGGUAUCACCAAUGACUUGAAGGAUAAGGUUAAAAUCGAGGAGAUCAAAGAGAAGAAGGACACGACUGAGAAUGAGAAUGUCAAGGGGAUCCCUGACUUUUGGCUGACGAUAUUCAAGAAUGUGGGCAUGCUUGCUGAAAUGGUGCAGGAGCACGAUGAACCCAUUCUCAAGAAUCUUUAUGACAUCAAAGUCAUUUUCUUGGAGAGUAAUCCAAUGGGUUUCAUUCUUGAGUUCCACUUUGAGCCAAACGAAUACUUCUCCAAUUCAGUCCUGACCAAGGAAUACGUUAUGAAAUGCGUGCCAGAGAAGAAUGAUCCAUUCAGUUUCGAGGGGCCAGAGAUUUAUAAGAGCACUGGCUGUACCAUUGACUGGAAGAAGGGAAAGAAUGUAACAGUUAAAACAAUCAAGAAAAAUCAGAAACACAAAUCCAGGGGCCAUAUGCGCACAGUCACCAAGACUGUGCAAAACGAUUCGUUCUUCAAUUUCUUCUCACCACCAGUUGUUCCAGAUGAUCGUGAGGCUGAAUUGGAUGACGACAUCCAGGCACUUCUCACGAGUGAUUUCGAGAUUGGACAUUACAUUAGGGAAAGAAUUGUCCCUCGUGCUGUACUCUACUACACAGGCGAAGGUCUCGAGGAUGAAGGCGAUGAGUACGAGGAGGACGAGGGAGAUGAUGAUGAAGACGAGGAAGACGAGGAGAUCGAUGACGAGGAGAACGAGGGCGAAGAGCCAUCGGGCAAGAACGAGACAAGAUCAGGUGGGAAACUACAGGAAAAACAUCCCGUUGAGUGUAAACAGCAGUAAAAAAAAACAAAUUAUGAUCCCACGCGCUCUGUCGUAAUCCCUUGAUUUGUUAAUUGCCAAGAAGAUGUACAAUUUGAUAUAAACCAGGUUUCCACAUCUCUUUUUAUUAAAAAAAAAACAGAAAAAUGUAAAAAAAGAACUAGAGAAUUUAGGAAGAAAUGGAACAAUUACAUCUUUAACCAUCGCACGUAUCGUGCGUCUCUUCGAUUACAGGUCAUGCAUAGAAAAAUCUUCGAAACGAUCCCUCCCUUCCUUAAAUCCAUGUGUGGAAUUCUGGAUGUUGCUGCUGUUUUAAAACAAACUUUUGCGUACUGAGAAAUUUUUUAAUACUGAAUGAAAAAAAGGAGCAAAUAAUAAUGAAGGAAAUAUGUGUUGAAAAAACUGUUUGGAUUUGUUUCUUUGUUGCGUCCCUUUAGUUAUUCAAUACCCUACUGCCUUUUUCCACUUCAAAAUCAAAUAGCCGUGUAAAAUAAAGACGUAAUUAUCUCAUUGUUUUCUACCAUCGAUUUAAUCGCCGAAUGUCUAUAUUUUUUCUAUACAAUAUUCAUGUGAAACAGACAUGGUUUGCAUUAUGUUUUUUUAAUAAAUUCGAAUUGAAUAAG